AUGCCUCCUCCGAAAUCCAAAGGCGGGAAGAUGCUCGCCCUGAUCAACUGGAGAUUGAAGGUUACGAUUAACGAUGGUCGUUCUCUGGUAGGCCAAAUGCUGGCAUUUGACAGGCACAUGAACCUCGUCAUCGCAGACUGCGAAGAGUUCCGAAGAGUCAGACCGAAGAAAAAGGCCGGAGAGGAAUCUGCACCGGAGCAGGAAAUGAAACGAUCCUUAGGCCUCGUCAUUCUUCGAGGCGAAACAGUUGUUAGCAUUAGCGUUGAGGGACCUCCGCCAGUGGUCGACGAGGACAAAAAGAAUGCUUUGCCAGUUGGGCCUGGCCGCGGCAUGCCUGCUGGCCGUGGUAUGGGCAUGAUGCCUCCCAUGGGUCCUCCUUCCCUGGCUCGUCCUCCAAUGCCAUUCGCACCUCCAGGAAUGGCCGGACCACCCCCUGGCUUCAGGCCUCCCGGGUUCCCUCCCGGCAUGCCCUUUCCUCCUGGUCCCCCUCCUCCGGGCUUUGGAGGACCUCCUCCUGGGUGA